AUGGGAGCAGUAGUAGCCAAACUCGUAUUUAAGAGUGGCAAAGACAAAUUCUCAACUAGUCAUGAGUCUCUUCUUGACAUUGGAGCGACUGAUAUCGAUGGAAACAGAAUUGAAAAACUUGGAAGCAUUCUUAAAGGAAAAAGAUGCACUCUCGUGAGCAAUCUUUACAAGGAGUAUCGUGAUUAGGGUUUUGAGAUCCUAACUUUCCCCUGCAACUAAUUUGGUGGCCAGGAGCCUGGUACCAAUUAAGAGGUCAAGCAAUUUAUCAGAGAACUCUAUGGAGGUGAGUGGCCAAUAUUUGAGAAGUCAGACGUAAAUGGAGAAAACAGUAAUGAAGUAUUUAAGUACCUCAGAUAUAACUCAGAGCUUAAUGACAAAGAGAAGAAGGAGGUCAAGGAAAUCCCUUGGAACUUCGCUAAAUUCUUGGUCAAUGAAGACGGAGAGGUAGUUGCUUACUUCGGUCCUAGAGUAGAACCAAUUACAAUGGUGAAGGACAUUGAAGCAUUACUGUAUCAAGGAUGCUGA